CCAAUCACACUCGCGGUGUGGUGUCAUGGCGUCCUACAUAUGAGAAUGUGUAGUAGUUGUUGCUCGUAGGUGUCUGCUGAGGUUGGUGUAAAUUUAAUACAAUAAGAAUAAAAAUAAUAAAUAAUAAACAUGGCGAAGACGAGCAGCGAAAAGGUGUCGAUGAUCACAUGCACGGCGCCGGUAAACAUUGCUGUCAUUAAGUACUGGGGUAAACGUGAUGAAGAGCUCAUUCUGCCCAUUAACUCCUCACUCAGUGUAACUCUGCAUCAGGACCAGCUUAAAACGACCACCACAGUUGCAUGCAGCAGAAACUUUCAGGAGGACCGCAUCUGGCUGAACGGGAAAGAAGAAGACAUCAACCAGCCGAGAUUACAGUCGUGUCUUUGUGAGAUCCGAAGGUUAGCGCGGAAAAGACGGAAUGAUGAAGACCCUAAUGCUGAGAUCACGCUUUCUCACCGGGUGCAUAUCUGCUCUGUGAAUAACUUCCCAACAGCGGCAGGCCUGGCAUCCUCUGCAGCUGGAUAUGCAUGCCUGGUGUACUCGCUGUCCCGUUUGCUGGGUGUGGACGCUGAGCUGUCUGUGGUGGCUCGUCAGGGUUCCGGCAGCGCCUGCAGGAGCAUCUACGGGGGCUUUGUGCAGUGGAAGAUGGGAGAAAGACAGGACGGGAAAGACAGCGUGGCCGAGCAGGUAGCACCGGAGACGCACUGGCCGGAGCUCCGGGUUCUCGUCCUGGUGGUCAGCGCAGAACGGAAGCCUGUCGGAAGCACCUCAGGCAUGCAGACCAGCGUGCAGACCAGCGCACUGUUGAAGCACCGUGCGGACCGCGUGGUCCCGGCUCGGAUGGACGACAUGAUCAGGGCGGUUCAGGAACGAGACUUUGCGACAUUCGCCGAACUCACCAUGAAAGACAGCAACCAGUUUCACGCCACCUGCCUGGACACUUUCCCACCCAUAUUCUACCUCAACGACAUUUCCCGCAGAGUUAUUAACCUGGUGCAUCGCUACAAUCAGCAUUACACAGAGACCAGAGUGGCGUAUACUUUCGAUGCAGGCCCUAAUGCAGUCAUCUACCUCCUGCAGGACCAUGUGGCAGAAUUUGUUCAGGCUGUCCGUCAUUUCUUUCCUCCGGAAUCUAACGGUGGAGAGUUUGUAAAGGGAAUUCCUGUGCUUUCUGCCUCGCUGCCUGACGAGCUGAUAAGAGCCGUCGGCAUGGAACCUACGCCCAAAGGCAUCAGCUACAUCAUCAACACAAAGGUUGGUCCUGGUCCAUGUGCAGUAGAUGAUCCAACACUUCACCUGUUAGGUGCUGAUGGACUUCCCAAGAAAACUCCCUAAACACCUCAAUGCAGAAUAUCAACCUUCCCCAGAGAACAAAAUUCAAUAAAGAUUUAACACAUUUAAAACAAAAAAGAUUCAUUCAUUCGUAUGUUCAUUUUCUACCGCUUAUCCGAAUUACCUCGGGUCACAGGGAGAACAUGCAAACUACUCACACAUAAGGCGGAGGUGGGAAUUGAACCCCCAACCCUUGAGGUGUGAGGCGAACACUGUGCCAAGCCCCCCCCCCCACACACACACACACACACAAAAAAAGAUUAAUUAUUGUUAUUACUAUUAUUAAAAUUUCUGAACAAUUUUUGCUAUAUUGUCUAUUUACAUGUGUUUACAUUCAUUUUUGUGCAGAUUUCUUAAGUGUGUAUUUCUAGUUUUCAAAAAAUGUAUUUGAAAAUAAAUGUAUUGAUUGCAUACUA